AUGAGACUAUCCCAACCUGAUCCUGCCGAACUCAAGAAUGGCAAAGACAAUGCAAACCAAGGAACAUUGAUCAAGCCACGCAAGACCGAAGAUCGAGACUUUCUUCAAUCACCAUCGCCUUCCAUACUGUCAGGGCCCGAGAAAGUCCUGUCUAUUAUCAUUGUCACCACCAUGACUUUCCUGGGCCCAGCACCGAUGAGCAUCUACUUUCCCAUCCUGGGCAGUCUGUCUCGAGAUCUGCAGGUCUCCCCCAGUGAAAUGAGCCUUACAAUCACUGUGUAUGUGAUUACACAAGCCCUCUUUUCCCUGCUAACGGCAAGUUUCUCGGACCAACUUGGACGUCGACCGGUCUUCAUCGUCCGCCUGACAGCUUCUUUGGGGGCCAACCUUGGCCUCGCAUGGCAGACCAGCUUCACCGCACUUAUGGCGCUACGCUGUCUGCAGAGCUUUGGCAGUAGCAGUCUGUCCGUGGUGAGCAUCGCCACCAUGACGGAUAUCAUCACCCGUGCUGGGCGUGCGAAGUACCGUAUCUACACCUCCUCGGGCUACACCCUGGCCAGCUUGCUUGGAUCGGUCACAGGCGGCCUCCUCGCACAGUUUAUCGGGUGGCAAAGUGUGUUCUGGUUCCUAGCAAUAUAUGCCGGGGUCAUGCUGUUUAUCACCCUGGUAUUCCUGCGCGAGUCGUGCCGCGCGGUGCUGUAUCCCCUUGAAUACUGUCAAGUAUCGACCCCUCAACCUCCCUCAACGCUUGGACAGGGGGUUCUCGAUACAAUCAGACUCCUCGGCAGCUGGCAGACAGGUCUGUUGGUAGCAUUCCAGGCCGUCCUCUUCUGUGGCACCAUGGCUAUCUUCGCCAACAUCCCGCUGCUUUUCGAGCGCCAAUAUGGCUUCCAGGCCUGGCAGGUCGGGCUAGUCUACGUGCCCUAUGCUGCUGGAGGAUUUGCCGCGUGCUGGAUAGUCAGCCCUCUCACGGCAAGGAAUGUUCGGCGAUACCGGUGCCUUGUCGGCGCGGAAAGCAUGGAUCACCGCCCCCAGGACUUCCCUUUUGAGCGUGCCUGUCUGGAGGUCAUCCUCCCUCUAGUCUACCUGGCCUGUGCUUGGAAGAAUAUAAUUGCCUUUGGACAUCCGGUGUCGGGAACGACUGUCAAGCUUUCCCAAGGGGAUCAUGGGGAGCUGCUGAUCAAAAGCCCAGCAGUAUUCUCGCACUAUCUGAACGACCUCGCUGCUACAAAAGCCGCAUUUACAGACGACGGGUUCUACCGAACAGGUGAUCUGGUGUCGCGGGAAGACACUAAAUAUUUCUUCCAUGGUCGCGCCUCAACAGACUUCAUAAAAUACUACGGCUAUAGGAUUCCCAUAUCCGCCCUCGAACAGAAGCUCAACGAGCUCCCGGGGAUGAGGGAAGGGUACAUCCUCGCCAUGCCAGACGUAAACUGUGGUUACCGCGCCGCAGCCCUGAUUCGACUCACCCAGGAUGCCGAUGCUGACCUUCAAACAGCCACAUUUGCGCGCACAAUUGGCGGAGGAGACUAUCCCGCGCACAGUAUCGGGCAAAAUUAUUCGCCGAGACGCUGUAAUGCGGUUUUUUCCUAUGGACCAGGAUGGACGCAGCCCGGCGGCGGUACAGGUGUUCAUGGCGCAACCGUCGGCAUGUCGGGCUAG